AUGGCCGACAAUCUUUGUGGUCCGUCUAAUGCUUUGCAGAAUUUCCAAAAGCAUUCGAAUGUUGAUCGCACUCUACAACAAGAUCGAUUAAUUGGUAGAGGGCCGUCGGCGCAGGGUUUUCGAGCUUCGCCAGGUCCAAAUGCCGGUCAGCUAGAUGCCGAGUUUGCAGCUUUCCAAGCCGGUCACCAAUCACUUGGUCCCUCUCCAUCGGCGCAAAGCUUCUCUCCUCAUCAUUUCCAAAAUCCACCUCCUCAAUCUUUUCAAAACGUCGUACCACAACAAUUUUCAGGUCAAGGAUGGGCUAACGACUUCCAAAAUAUGAGUAUAUCUGGUCCUCAAGCGCAGUUUCAACAACAAGGGGUACAUCAAACGAUUCAACCACAAAUGGGAGCAGGAUGGCAUCAGGAGUUUGCGCAAAGUCAUGGAGCCCCGGGAAUGAUUGCGCAAGGGAAUCAACCUAUUAUGGCAAUGAAUCGUCCUUCUAUGAUGAAUGUCGGAUUUAAUCCAAUGCCUAGAGUUCUUAUGCAACAAAAUCAGCUUGCAUCUACGAGCCAGUCAUUGGUAGAAAACAAUGAAGUUUUUGAUGAAGCGGCAUUCGCCAGAGCUUUCGAACAAGCAGCUAAUGCGGAAAGCCAAAGGGCGCAACAACAGGAGCUAGAGUCACAAGCUGCUAGUGUCCAACAUGAAGAGACUCACGCUUUAGAUCAACUGCAAGUUACAAAGGAGGCCGAAUCAGAACUCGACAAAGCGGAGAGACAACUACUCGGCCAAGCCUUACUCGGCGCAGAUACAAUUGAAGAUCCCGCGACCGCUACAUCGGAACAAAAUAUACAUGCACCAGAUGCGCUAUCACGUACAGCUGGUGAACUCUUAUCUAGUGUUAGUAAUAACCAAAGCGAGAAGUUUCAGAAUAGUCAGUUUCUACAACUCAUGCGGCAAUUUCGCGAUAAGGAGGUUACGGUCGAGGGAGAUGAAGUAGUAGAUGGGCCCAUGAAAGCUAAAGAAGGCGAUCGUAGGAACGGAGGUGGAGACGAACAUUUUGAAAUGGUUGGAGCACCCUAG